CCCCCCCUUUUUUUUUUUUUCAUUUUUCCAAUUUGUUUUUUGUUCUCUCUUUAGUUUAUAUAUAUAUCUUAUCCUCUUUUAUUCUUCUUCCAUUCCAAUUAACAACAAUCUUCUAUACUUCUCUUCUUCUAUUUUCACAUCACAACACAUCACAAAAGCAUCUGCAACAUUUCUAUAAGAAGAAGACGGUAGGCGAUAUUAAGAAUGGAGAUUUUGGAGUCAUGUGUGCCACCAGGGUUUAGGUUUCAUCCAACUGAGGAAGAACUUGUUGGUUAUUAUCUUAAAAGGAAGAUCAACUCACAAAAGAUUGACUUAGAUGUUAUUAUUGAUAUUGAUCUUUACAAAAUGGAGCCAUGGGAUAUUCAAGCAAAUUGUAAAUUUGGUUAUGAUGAGCAAAAGGAGUGGUACUUCUUUAGUCACAAAGACCGAAAAUACCCGACGGGAAGUCGAACGAACCGAGCUACAAGUGCUGGGUUUUGGAAGGCCACAGGGAGGGAUAAGGCAGUUUUGUCAAAGAAUAGAGUGAUUGGGAUGAGAAAGACAUUGGUGUUUUAUAAAGGUCGAGCUCCAAACGGAAGAAAAACAGAUUGGAUUAUGCAUGAAUAUCGUCUCCAAACCUCUGAACUUGCACCUAUUCAGGCAAAAGGUUGGGUCGUUUGUAGGGCAUUCAGAAAACCAAGCCCUAAUCAAAACCAAGUCAUUGGACCUUUGAAUAGCUAUCAACAUCAAGCUUUAUACUACGAUCUCAAAAACAACAACAAUAACAAUAAUAGUCAGUUUGUUAGGUCCCCUUCAUUUUCAGAUGCCAUGACCCCUCACACUAACAUGGUCAACUCUUCAGACCAACACCUCUCAAAUUUUCACCAGGCAUAUGGCUCCGAUCUUGGCCACCACCAACAACAAAAUUACCAAUUCGUCCAGCUCCCUAAUCUCGAGAGCCCGACACUCUCGACAAGCUUCGGAACCAACGAAACAAAGAUAAAUAAUAACAACAACAAUAAUCACAACGGUCCGUGCCUUGAAUGGAAUGUUGAUUUGGAUGACUUCCUCUCAUCGUCGCAGAUUGUUGAAACAUCCCCUUCUUCUUACCCUAAUUUUCCCCAAACUUUUGUUGACUUUUGUAAUGAUAUAUGAAAGAAGAUAUGCUGAAAAAUUAGUUAACAAAAUGAUUUUAGAGUGUUUUCUUUUCUUUUCUUUUUUCUGUAAGUAUAAAGAGAGAUCAGCUACAAAGUGAAAGGUCUUCUCUUCUUUGAAACAGAUAUAUAUCUGAUUGAUUGA